AGAAGAAGAAAUAUGAAAGCAAGAAGGAAUUUGUGAAAAAAUUUCAAAAACAGAGGAACCCCAAAAGAAAAUUUGUUUUUUUUUUUUUCUUUAUAUAUAUAUAUAUAUAUAUUGAAAUUGAAAUGGUAGGUCCCUUGUGAACAGUUUAAUUCGGCCGCCCGAUUUGUCGUCUCUCUCGUCUCCGUCCACCACCGUCGUUUCCUCUUUCUUCCCCUUGCGAUUUUGACCAUCAAACACUCUCUUUCUCUUUUUUUAUUUUCUCUCUCUCUCUCUUUGUACUUUGUCUUUCUUUUAUUUCUCUAUUAUCCUUACCUUGAUCUUCCUGCUUCUCUGAGCGCUCUCUGUUCCCCUUAUUUCUGAAAGGAGCCGUCUCUUCAAUGUCCAGUGAAGAACCCAAAACGAGGAAUCAAUCAGAGAGAGAAAAAAAGGGGAGAAAAGGGGGUUCUCAAUUGAAAUACUGCCAAAAGGGUUAUGUUUAACUUCAAUCAUCGCUAUUGAUUGAUUGAGGAACUUGGAGAAGAAGGGGGUUAAGGAUUGGGGUUGAAAGGGAGAAACCCAUUUUGUUGUUUGUUUCUGUUGUUAUGGGAAUCAGAGAGUUGUUGAUGAUUCUUUGAGUGAAGAUCACUGGCUCUGUUCUUAGCCCUUGUUUGAUUUUUGGGUUUUGGGUGUGAAGAAAGAGGGGGAGAUGGCCGGGAGUAAUGAAGUCAACCUUAAUGAAUCUAAGAGGGUCGUUCCACUGAAUACAUGGGUGCUUAUCUCCAAUUUCAAGCUAGCCUACACCAUCCUCCGCCGCGCGGAUGGUACCUUCAACCGUGAGUUAGCAGAAUAUCUCGAGCGUAAAGUUCCGGCCAAUGUGAUUCCAGUGGAUGGGGUUUUCUCAUUUGAUCAUGUCGAUCGAGCUUCUGGCCUUCUCAACCGAGUUUACCAGCUGGCCCCAGAGAAUGAAGCUCGAUGGGGCAUCAUUGAUCUUGAGAAGCCUUUGAGUACGUCAAAAGUUGUUCCUGUCAUUCUGUUUUUUCAUGGUGGGAGUUUUGCUCAUUCAUCAGCCAACAGUGCUAUCUAUGACACCUUUUGCCGCCGCAUCGUAAGCGUCUGUAAGGCGGUUGUAGUCUCGGUUAACUACCGUCGAUCACCUGAACACCGAUAUCCAUGUGCAUACGAAGAUGGUUGGGCUGCACUCAAAUGGGUUAAAUCAAAAACAUGGUUGCAAAGUGGGAAGGAUUCUAAGGUUCAUGUGUAUUUGGCUGGAGAUAGUUCUGGUGGCAACAUUGCUCAUCAUGUUGCAGUGAAGGCAGCUGAAGAAGACAUCGAGGUACUAGGCAACAUCCUUCUUCACCCGAUGUUUGGGGGUGAAAAGAGAACCGAAUCGGAGAAGAAACUCGAUGGUAAAUAUUUCGUAACCAUCCAAGACCGAGAUUGGUACUGGAGAGCUUAUCUCCCUGAAGGAGAAGACAGAGAUCAUCCAGCUUGUAACAUUUUUGGCCCCAAAGCCAAAAGCCUAGUAGGACUUGACUUCCCAAAGAGUUUAGUAGUCGUUGCCGGUUUGGAUCUGAUGCAAGAUUGGCAACUCGCUUAUGUGCAAGGCCUAAAAGACUCCGGUCACGACGUGAAACUUCUCUUCCUCGAGCAAGCGACAAUUGGGUUUUACUUCUUGCCAAACAAUGAACAUUUCUACUGUCUAAUGGAAGAGAUAAACAAUUUCAUCAACCCUUAACUGUUAAUACAACCAGUUAACUUUACAACCCAAGAAAGAGGAAAAAGGCAAGUUCAAAAAAAAAAAACAAAAAAAAAAAAAACAAAAGCUGCCACACCUAACAGAAGCUUUGACAUAUAUGACUUGGGUUUCUUUUCUUCCUUUUGUUGUAAUGCUUUGUAGUUAUAUAUAUAUAUGAUAUGAUAUGAUAUAUAUAUUUACUUACAAUAUUUUACUUAUGGUACUUAAUUAACAUCUUGGGGUUCUGCUUCUUUUCUGCUGCUGCUGCUGCUUAUUGAUAGUCAGGAGCUAAGUGGCCAAAUUUAUAGAGCUGAGAUGAGAAGAACGAGGAGUCUGAAAGAGCAGAAAGUUCAGAUGCCAAAAAGCCCUUAAAAGUUUGCCUGCCUGACUCUUCCAGCCAUCAAACAAGUGAGUGUGUGAAGUGUAGGGGUAAAUUUUGUUGGUUUAUGAAUCUUUUGAGGAAGAAAAAUAUGGGCAUUCUGAUUGAUUAGCACUAAUUUUUCACAAACAAAGGUUUGGGGUAUGGUCCAAUCUUGUAUGUGAGUUGUAUGUUAUACUUGUGGAUUUAGAGCUAAAAUAUAAAGGUUUUUGUUUGUGUACU